AUGCGUUAUUCCGAAAAUUCAACAAUUAGCGUUUUUGGAGCCCCGGUCUGCAUUCAUGUGGGGAUUUGGUGGGGAUAUCGAAGACCAGCUAGUGGCCAGCACCCAGCACAAGCAUUCCCAUUUCCGUCGUUGAAAUCCUUUUUUUCCGUCAAUCGUCUAAAAACGAAGAUGGCGAGUGGCGAAGAAAACGAUAAUCACGCUCCAGUAGAAGAGCGACAAGAUAAUAUGGAAAAUCACCAAGGAAAUGGAGAAAUAGUGACAGCUGAUGAGCCCGAUGCACCAAGAGACAUCAAUGCAGAGAUCGACCAACAAAGAGAAAAGUACCAGCCUACUCGAUUGGAGUCAUUUUUUGCAGUUACCAAAUCAUUGAUUAUUCGAGCUCUAAUUAUUUACUUCAUAAGUUCGUUCUUUCGGCGCCCUCAAGCCGAUCCAGCCACAUCAGCCUCUACAGAUGGUAGUGCCUCUGUCCCAGGGCUGGCAAAAGUACCGGCAGUAAACAUAUUUGAAAAUGGAACCCUGUUCGAUCUAUAUGUCUACUUGUCAGAGGCUGAAAAUUUUAAAGACUUCAAGGAUCCUAAUGCCCUAAUUUGGUCAGAACCAGGAUUAGUCUAUGGAGAUUGGUACAGUGGGCCAGACCAAGAUGGAACCAAACUAUACAAGCACAAAUUUUCACCAACGAGUCAGCUGAGAAACAACGGGUCUAUUUAUUUACAUAUUUAUGUUGCACCACAUGGAAAGUCACCAGAUCCUACCGCAGGGAAAACAAUAUACGGAGGACAGUAUGUUUCUUACACAAAAAAGAUGCUGAAUAAAUUCAAAAAAAUCAAAUACCAGAAGACUCAUAAUUUGCUAACUGGAGAAACCACAGCUACUGAAGAAGAAAUCAAGAAAGCUGAGCUGAUGAAGGAAGAAAUCGUUUCACAUUGGCACCCGAAUCUAACAAUUAAUCUGGUGACAGACCAAACUAACUGGGUCCAAGGACAAGUUCCACCACCUCUAGAUGAAUAUAUUUACUUUCUGCCAGGAGGUAUGAAAUAUAAACCAGUAAUUUUCACCAAUGAUUUUUGGAACAUGCAGCGCGAUUAUCAACCAUUGAAUGAAACAGUGACAGAACUUGAACUCCAACUAACGUACCAGCCUUUGUCUCUCUUCAAGUGGCAACUGUACUCUGCUCAAACUAUGAGAAACAAAUGGACUUCAUCCUUCAUGGGUGAUGCAGCAGAGGAUGACGACAGUGACCAAGAUACCUUAAAAGAAACGUUAUUGGAAACAAAUCCAUACCUAUUGGGCAUGACCAUUGCUGUAUCAAUUCUGCACAGCGUUUUUGAACUCCUAGCUUUCAAAAAUGACAUUCAAUUCUGGAAUAAUCGCAAGUCCUUGGAAGGACUUUCAGUUCGGUCGGUAUUCUUCAACGUCUUUCAGUCGCUGGUCGUUUUACUUUAUGUUCUGGACAACGAAACAAACACGGUAGUACGUAUAAGUUGUGGAAUAGGAUUGUGCAUUGAAGUCUGGAAAAUCAACAAAGUCAUGGACAUCAAUAUCAAUAGAGAUGCUAGAAUUCUAGGAAUAUUCCCAAAAUUAACAUUCCACGACAAAGGUUCUUAUGUGGAGUCUUCUACAAAAGAAUACGAUAGACUUGCAUUUAGAUAUCUAUCUUGGGCAUUAUAUCCUUUGCUAGGCGGUUACGCAAUUUAUUCGCUAUUAUACCUUGAACACAAGGGAUGGUAUUCUUGGGUCCUCAAUAUGCUGUACGGAUUCUUACUUACCUUUGGAUUCAUAAUGAUGACCCCACAAUUAUUUAUCAACUACAAAUUGAAGAGCGUUGCUCAUUUGCCUUGGCGCAUGAUGUCUUACAAAUUCUUAAAUACAUUCAUUGACGAUAUAUUUGCAUUUGUUAUCAAAAUGCCGACAUUAUAUAGGCUAGGCUGUUUCCGUGAUGAUAUCGUAUUCUUUAUAUUCUUGUACCAACGUUGGAUUUAUAAGACUGAUCUUACAAGGGUUAAUGAAUUUGGGUUUUCCGGGGAAAUGGAGGCUAGUGUUACAGGUAAUACAGACCAAAAAGCAAUUGAGGCCGCUCAAAAAACUGAUGAAGAUAAAAAAACUGAUUAACAUUUAGCAAAUGUGCUGAACAGACGUGUCUAUAAUAAUUUAAUUAUGAUUAAUUAAAUUUAACGAACCUAAAGUAUUCGAAAUAAGUCGCCAUCUGUCAUCAAAUAGUUAAAUGCAGGGAAUAAAAAACAAGAAUAGAAAUAUAUGGGGAUAAACAUAAAUCAUCCGACAAUCGCGGUAUGUAGGAUAAAUACUGCUUGUCUGCCAGCGUUAUAUGUGGCAUACAUUCAUUUCUCGACACAGCUUUGUAAAGCUCGAUUAUUACUAAUUGUUGAAUUUCAAGACAUUAGAUUUUAUUCGUGCUUCCAAUUUGUUCUAAUUCAUUCAAAAUAUUUAUCAAUAUCAUUAAUCCAAAUUUACUGAUUAGUUAUCAUUCCGCAAUUCAACUUCAUACAGAAUCGCUUUUCAAUGAAACGGCUUCCUAAUCAAAGAUUCGCUGAAAUGUUGGUUGUCAAUUUAAGUUGAAGUUUGGUUGAAAUUGUUGUUACUCCUAACAAUGCUCGUAACUAAGUGUGUAAUGUUCGUAUUAUUGUCAAUUUUAAAUGCUGCUAUAUACAGAUAAUCAGUGUAAAUUGAUCGGCACAUAAAUAAAUUUAAGUGUCACCAAUUUUUCACAACAGAUCUUAAAUACAGAUGAUGAACGGACCACCUUAUCUACCUAUGUGCUGGUCUGUCUUUACCGCGCAAAUCAUUAUACCUGCAUUCAUCUCAACCAUGUUUCGUUAAUUAAUUUUCAAUCAUUUUCGAUGACUUAGGAAAGUACAUUUGUGUAUCACGAAAAAUAUCAACGUAUCUAGGUAUAUUACCCAACAUAAUUGAAAUGCUGUAUACAAUGGGCACAAAGAUCUGUUAUCGAGUUGUAGAGUACCUUGAUAUAACAUCUACAUAAACUGCGCGAUAUGAGGAAAUGUAGAUACUACUAUAGAACCGAUUUAUUGUUUUCAAUAAAUGAAUACCCUUUGUUUGCAAAA